AUUUGAUGAUGAUCAUGCUAGCGAAUUUUGUCAAGAGGAAUUUGGCGUUUGGCUCUUGUAUCAUCAUCAUCAUCAUGUUGUCUGUUGUUGGUAUUAAUGCAGUAGAAGCUGGAAAUCUUCAGGGUGCAAUUUUCCUAAAUGUGAUAGUGAAGGUUUAUUGCAGCCACCUGACACCUGGUUAUUCUCCCCUGUGGCAAAACAAAGGCAAUUUACAAGUACCGGGAAGUGAAGUUCAAAGAACUUCCUAUGCAAUUAGCUUUACAAGCACUACUUGUUUCGUCUGUAUCCUAUUUAGCCCUUUUAUUGAUAAAUUGUGAAUUGAUG